AUGCGCGAAAACGCCGACAGAAGAUUGCAGCUGCAGAUGGAGGAUGUGUCGCUCAGCAGUCCUUGCUCGAGAGUGUCGCUGUUCUCAGGGCGUGGGCUUGUUCGGACAGCCAUCUCGAGAUGGCUUGGGUCCAAAAGGGGAGGAGAUGUGACAAUGAGAAGGGGGAGGAGAGGAAAGGCGCACGAGCCGGCCUGCGAAAAUGUCAACCACCGCCCCUCUCAGACACGUUCUCUGCCCGCUGGCCGUCGUCUUGUGCGGCUGUUCCUCCAGCCACUGCGUCCUUCUUCCUGUCCGACAUGGCUGCCUUCCCGGGUUGUUGGAGAGGGCUUUCUUUGGGGGAAAAAUAGUGGUGCAACUGUCCAUUUCGUUUUGGUUCAAUGCGUUUGCUUUCUGGCCGGCGCGCUUCCUCCAGAGCUGUCGCCCUUUUUGGCGAGCGCCUUGAUGUUUCUGGCAUUGAGUCGAGGCUCAUGCCUCUUUGGGGGGGGGAAACGAAGGCUGUGA